GGAUCGGACCGUCAAUGAUGUUUUGAACCUGCCAAAUAUAUCUCGCUUUCGUUUGUUAUCGCUUACGAACUCUGCCUUACAAAUGUUUUUAGCUUGUUUAGGCAGAAGCACCGUGCACUUCGCAGUAGAGGCUUCAGUUAUGGCAUGGCGCUUUCAAGCCUCAAAAUUCAAAAACACCACACCACACAUUCCCAAAAGAGAGGAUACUAUAUUUGACGUUCCUGUUGGCAAUCUUUCAUGUACAAAUAAUGGAAUUCAAGCUAGCGCCAGUUACUUAGCAUUUCAUGUGGAGGGUGAAGUAUGCAAUCUCCUUUGGUUGUAUUUUAUGCUACACGUAAAAAAUCUUGAAGACUCGUCGGUUUUCUCGCUCCUACUCUUUUGCAUCUUCUUUUUAGGUGGUAAGCUUGGACUUUUACCAAUAGGAGCAAAAGGAAGACGGACUCGAAAAGACAUGUCCAUAGUCUGUGCUCACGGGGAGCAGGUAGAUGACUUUUGCUUUAUGACCUUCAAUGAUGAUCUCUUGUUAACCUGUAGCCGAGAUGAUAAUGUCAAAGUUUGGCGUUUAUUGGGUGAGGAAGCGUCACCGAUCUGUGAAUGCGAACUGAGCGUUGGGCAAGGGCAUGUACUUUUGGAUGCACUGAGACCACACUCAACUGCAGCAAACAUCAUUGCUGCUGCUUCUCUGGGGGAUGCUUAUAUAAUUGAUCUCGUGCAAAAAACAGCUGUCAUUACGUUGAAUGGCUUUGAGGAUAAAGGUCAGUCCAUCGAUUGGAGCGAAGAUGGAAAACUUCUGGCAAUUAGCGCUGACAAGGGCCGUCAGGUGUACGUUUAUGACGUUAGGAGUGGCUCUUCACCGGUACACAACAUGGCUGUACAUCAAGGAAUGGGGCGCGAAUCGCGUAGACCUCUUUUUUCGAAUUAUCAUCUUCCUCUUCUUGAUUUUCUCCAGUUUUUAGUGUAUGAAAUGUCAUUGACGGAACAAAAUCUUGGUGCUUGCUUGGGUAAUAAGCGCAACGUCAAUGUUAUGAGUGGGGAGGUGGAUAUUUUCUACCAGCUCACAAAACAUAGCAUUUUGCCGGUUCCUUGUAUUGUACCUCGAAGGUCAUAUCGCGAUUUUCAUGCCGAUCUUUUUCCUGAUACACGGGGGACGAGUGCGGGAUGCUCUUCGACUGAGUGGCUAAAGGGCUCCAAUGCUCUUCCGUCCUUGGUGUCCCUUGCUCCAAACGCUGCUCCAGUGCUCACAUCGCCACCCGCUCGAGAAACGAAUAAUUUGAAAGAGGAUGUAAAGGAACUGGUUUAUUCGGUUGGUGAUAUUGCUGAGAAGGAAAAUGAAAUAAGUGAUACAACCAAAGAGGGUGGCGUUGGAUGCCGUGAUCACACAUGGAAGUGGAAGUUUGUAGUGGAAAAAAACUUUAACGUGGAACUUAGCCGGCGAAAUCCUGCAUCCAAUAGCUCAUGCGUUGAUCUUUCUGAUGACCACUUUCCUAGAGAAUUCACGCUGCAUGCUAAGAAUAAAAGUUCAAUUUCUCACCAUGUGAGCGAAACCAUCACAGAUUGUAGCAAAUUAGAGCGAUCCAUUGAACACCAUAAAAGCGCACCGGCGCCUGAACCACCGAUCCGCGUUCGACAAAUCAACAACGCAAAUGGUGUGUGGAAGGGUUUCUGCAGAGGAAAUGUGUCAACACGUACGAUUUCGGCUCGAGUUCGCCCUAAAUCCUGUGUUGUUGGACAGCUGGCUUCCAAAUACCGUCAUGUCGAAACUUUGGUAGGUCCAAAAGCAAACAACGCAGUAUUCUCUAACUUGCGGAAUGUGAAUACCCAGCUACCGCUUGAGGCGAAUGGAGCUUGUGUCAGUGGCAAGUUCGUCGCCGUUCCACUGAAAGGUCCUGCUGGUGUGAUUGGGAUUUACGACGUAGAUAUGCCGUGUAAGAUCCCAGAUGGAGUCAUGGAUGGAAUUUUUAAUAAAGCUUUGGUUACCGAUUUGCACUGGAAUCCAUUCGACGACGAGGAGUUGGCUGUUAGUUUGGAUGUUGGGUUAAUAAAUUUCUGGCGUCUCACCAAAUUUGAUGGUCCUAGGAAUGAAAUGGAACCUGAAAAGAUUAUGAGCUUAGGAGGAGAGAAGGUGCUUUGUUUCCAAUGGCAUCCCUUGGCGUCGGAUUUGAUGGCUAUAGCUCUAUCAGAUUCUUCUAUCGAGAUUUGGGAGUGUAAAUCUAUGACAAAAAGGGCAAGAAUCGUGUCACAUUCCGCUCCUGUAUUGGCAUUGGCCUGGAGUUUUGAUGGGCACCGGCUCGCUUCCAUCGGCAAGGAUCUCAUGCUCAACGUACAUCAGCCACAGCUUGGGAGCGAUUGUCUUAUAGCUCAGCAAAAGGUGUUGAACUCGUAAUC